CUCGAGACAAGGAAGCGCGAGUAUAAGCGUGUUAUUUCCGGGGUGGUACUGAGUAGUUUUUGUCCUUAUAAAAAUGUCGUUUUAUAGCGUGCCCAAAGAGGCAAUCGUCAGCGCAGCGGCCGUGGGCGCCGUGUUUGCCGUGGGAUUGUAUAUCGGAAAACACGCAUCCUCUCCCUUUUCCGGCACAGACAUCUUUAAGAGUCAUGUUGGAGCAAAAAACAAUCCUUUGAUGAAAUACGUACUGGACCACUCUAUGAGAGAGCACCCUGCACUGAAGAAACUUAGACUGAAAACACUUGAAGACCGUUUAAAUUUUAUUAUGGUCGCUUGUGAGGAAUCACAGUUGAUUGCCAACCUUACAAGGCUCAUUCAAGCCAAGAAAGCUAUUGAAAUAGGGGUGUACACCGGGUACAAUGCUUUAAACUUUGCCCUGGCACUGCCAGAGGACGGCCGGGUUGUGGCCUGUGACAUCUGCGAAGACUACGCCAACAUAGGAAGGCCGUUCUGGAAAGAAGCUGGAGUUGAGCAUAAAAUUGAUCUGAGGAUACAGCCAGCCUUGAGAACUCUUGAUGAGCUACUAGCUGCUGGCGAAGCUGAGUCCUAUGACAUUGCCUUCAUCGACGCUGACAAGAAGAAUUAUGAUGAGUAUUACGAAAAGUGCCUGCUGCUUAUUAGGAAAGGAGGAAUCAUAGCCAUUGAUAACGUGCUGUGGAGUGGGAAGGUUGUGAAUCCAGCAGAAGGCGAUGUGGACACCCUGUGCAUCGACCGACUGAACAAGAAGAUUCACAAGGACGUCCGGGUGAACGUCAGCAUGCUGACAGUGGGAGAUGGACUGACGCUGGCAUUCAAGCUGUAACUCACAGUGCAAGAUAGCACACCCUCAGAGAGCACAUGCAGUAAGGAACAAAGUGGUACUUCAUUCCAGAGCUGCUGGGUCGCAGAUCGUUAUUAGGUUUUCUUCUUCUUCUUUACUACACAAAAUACUGUAUUUGCUGUCCCAGACAGAGUGUGGGUAGAUGUUUAUAAUAAACAGGAUUAGAAUGGAGAAUGUUUUGGCAUGUUUAUUUCUAUUAUGGAUGCAUUUUGAGUACUGGGUUUCAUAGAGUUUGAUUAAAUAUUAUGAAAAAAAUUGCAUCACAAUAAUGUAUGCAACUGUAUAAGAAGAAAGGAGUGGACCUUCAACUUGUGGUCUGUGGCUGAAGUUUCAAUAAGGGUGCGUUACAGUGGUACAGUGUACUUCUGAUAUUCACUGUACAUAUAUGUUGAAAGAGUAAUGGCACUUGGAAAAACCCCUUCUUGAUUCAGCAUGAGCUAAACCUGUUUCUUUGGUGCAUACGCAUGCUGACAUAGACACCUACUUGAACUUUUUCUACCAUAAUGAACUUUUUCUUCAUAGCGUUUCUUUGUGGUCAAUUACUUAGGAACUAUUUCACCCAAUGUAUGAGUCCAAGAUUCAUGCCCAAAUCAGGAAGGCACUGCAAUAAAAUAUGCAUCUUUUUGGGGUAAACAGGGUGGUUUUAAAACCUUUUAGCCUGCCAGAGGAAUUUGAAGUGAGAUCAGGCACUUUUUAAUGUAACAGUCAGAUCAGAUACACUAUGGUGCGGAGUUGAGGCCAUGUAAGCCAAUACCGUAUGUGGCAACUGAAGAUCUUUUGUAAGGGCCAAAACCUUAUCAGAUUAGAUUAAAAGAGAUGCCACUUGAUAUUUUCUCACACAUUUCAACUAUUUCUUCCUAACAGAAGAAGCCUGAAAACAAAAUAAAGCCUGGAACGUUAAACUUGACACAUUUCAUCCGUCCAUAUUCUCUGAUGGGUACAUAAUUUAACUUUUCCUAGAGUGCCAAGUAUAAUGGAAACCAUCCAUUGUUCACGUGUGGUCCUAUAGCACCCGGUGUCGUAUAAUGUACAGUAGCUUGUUUGCCCACAGCUGACACAACACUCAACCUUAUUAUUCUGGUAGUGGCCGCAUGAUGGCUGCCUGAUCGUGACGUGAAGCAUCAAUCCAGUGCACCAGCAGCAGUGAGUUGUUCACGAUCGGCGAGACACAACACCUGCAGGUGUUCCCCAGAUGUUCCUGCACAGGCCCUGCUGUCUCCUGUAUUUGGUGCUGCAGUUGCCACCAUUGCAAUAUCCCUUCUCACUGAUUCAUCUGUUAAAGGAGAAGGUGACUGAAUGUCUAGUGUGACACACACUACAUACUCCAAAAAAAAUAAUUUUAUUUAACAAACCUUCAUCAGGACAAGCAUGUCUGUAUGGAGACAUUUUUGCCAACAUGUUGACAACUGUUAAAUAAACCUAUUUGGGUGUAUAGAGUGUGCAUCGACAGCUGACUGUUGUUUUUUUUUUACUGAACAGCACCUCUGUGAUUUCUGGGUGUCUGUCCUUCUUUGCUUUAUUCUUACUGUAUGUAUGUGUAGUUAAUAAUCAGGUGAAACAGCUGUGUGGGUAGAUACCCUUUUCACUACCUACCUGAUACCAACAAUAGGAGCCCAUGGGGCUUGAGAGGAAAGGAUGAUCAAUGAGCUGCCCUUGAUCUUUUAACAGAGUGCCUUCGCUUUGUUUCUAAGACUAUGCAAGUUCAGACAGAAAGAAAUUUGCUUUAUUAAAUGAAGUUUAUCAGUAGCUAUUGCUGAAAAUAGCCCAUAACCUUUCAGUAUGCCUGAGCAGUCUACAGCAGUAUGCUCUGACGGUGCAGAAGAACUAUAAGCAGUAAAUCCAGUGUAAAGUAUAAUUGCAAAAUGUUUUUCCAGAUUUCUAAUCAUCAUGUUUCUUCAAACUGGCUUUAUUUUUAAUGUCUUGUAAACACUUGCCAUCUUUAGUAUAGUCAUCCCUUACAACGUUGUCAAUAAAUACCUGAUGCUGUAAGAUA